AAACAAACCUAACCAAACUUUUUAUAUUUUUUAAAAAUAUUUUCUUUCUUAUUAUUUAGUUUUAUGUAAGCGUGUAUUUUCAAUAAUCAAAAUGUUUGAGAGUGUUUUACGUGUUAAGUAUGUAAGCUUUAAAAACUGCUUCGUCUAUUUGUCUACUAGCCACAAGCAUUUAAACACCGGGAAUUGUUUCAAAAUAACUUAUGGUGAAAAUCGAGCGUAUUUUUCUGCUAGCAUGGUAAGAAAUGUAGUUGAUGACGAAUCAAUAGGAAUCAAUUCUGCCUAUGCAAAACUCAUCGGAAUCGAGGAAAAUACAUUUGUUAAUGUAUUACAAGUGCAACAACUGCCUGUUGUCAAUAGUAUAAGCAUACAGCCGUUUACUAAAUCUGAUUAUGAUGUUUUGGAAAUGCUAUCUCAAAAUGUCCAAUCAAAUCUUCUUGACCAAGUAAGGGUGAUUGAUUCUGACCAAAAAUUGAUAAUCUGGGUGGGAACCAACAUGACAGUUCCUGUAAUUGUAGAAAAUGUUAAGCCAAUUGCUCCAGGGAUUUUGGAUUUUUUAACAGAAGUCAUCAUAAAACCGCCCAAUAAUGUUGCUCCAAUUAAAAAUAUUUCUGAUAAAAAAAAGAAUCAUGUCCCAGAUAAUACACUUUUAAAAAUUUUUGAAAACAAUUCUCAGUUAGAAAAACCACUCGAAAGUACAGAUGAGGAUUUAAAUUUUUAUUACCGACUAUUUCCGAUGUCGGAAUUACCUUUGAACAUUCAACAGGGCAAAAUUUGGCAACCAUUUGAAGCUUUUAUAAGCAAAAACCCUCAGAUAUCUACUAGCGAAUUCUAUAAUAUGAAGCUUUUGAAUAGUCCUAUUUCUGAUAAACAAUUAUUCAUAAAACUGAAUUUUCUAGAAGAUGUUUUUGGUAUAUCAGAUCACAUAAAUAUUUUUGUCAAUGAUCCCCUAAUAAAUUUUAUGCAAAGUGAUUACGGUGCCAGAGUAGUUUUAAAGAAAAUAACAAAAAUGCCUUAUGUAAAAGAAAUUGAAGUACACAGCAGAAAAAGUUACUUGAUUAACAUUGUAGAAAAGCUAAAAAUUUAUCUUGCACAAAAUUCCAAGCCCCCUUUAAUCCUGAACAGCGAUUUCCCUAUAGAAAUCAAUAGUAAUCUUUAUUGUUCUUUAAAAUUUAUGCCAAAUUCAAUUGAUUGUUGUGUUGUUGAUGAAGAAUUUUUAAGAAAUUGCUCCUAUAGUUUGCAUGAUGAGUUUGUUAAGCCUUUGGAUAGUUUAGUAAAGAAGGAUUACAGUAAAAUGAGAUUUUGUGAAGAUAUAUCUAGUGCCAAAGAUAUCUGUGAUAGUAUAUUUUCUGUGUAUUUCAAGCAUAAGGUUUUUAGGGCUGAAAAUGUUAUUCUAUGUGGUAAAGUCGGUAUGGGUAAAACAUCACUCCUGAAUCAUAUAGCAACAAAAUUGAAAUCUUAUCCCUAUUUCAUCAAUACAGAAAUGGUACAGUGUAAAAAAAUCAGAGGAAAAACUGUGGACUCUUUUCAUAAAUUGUUUACUGGUAUUUUGGCCAAACUUAUUUCCACUCAACCGUCUGUGAUGAUUUUGGACGAUUUGCAAGUUUUGUGUGAAAGUUGUGAGGGAGAAGAAACACCAAAUUCCAUUUAUUAUAACCGGGCCAGUGAAAUGCUUUACAGCUUGUUCUCAUCCAUUCUACAGCACAAUUCAAUAGGCAUUCUAGCCAGUACAGAUUCAAUUUCAAAAUUGAACAAACAGAUUUACAGAUCUAGGGGAAAUCAUUUGUUUAAAAACGUGUUUAACAUAGAAGAUCUUUCUAAGUCCGAUAGGAUGGUAUUAUGGAAAUACUGUCUUGAGCAGCAUAAUGUGGACGAAACUGUCGAUUAUGAAAAACUUGCUAUUAAGACUGAUGGAUUUGUAGUUCAGGACAUACAAGAUUGUUAUGAGAAAAGUCUUUUUGAAGCCUAUAAAGAAACUCGUGAUCAUUCUGAGCAAAUAAAAAUUACCCAAGAACACUGUGAUUUGGCCUUAAAAAAAUCCUGCUCACUUUCACUACAAAAUGUGAAAUUUCAUUUGCCUGGCACUAAAUCUUUUGAGGACAUUGGUGGUCUGCAUAAUGUUAAGAAUACCUUGGUUGAAAGCCUACUAUGGCCUGUCAAAUAUUCCUCGAUAUUUGCUAAUGCCCCACUUCGACUCCAAUCUGGCAUCCUCCUCUAUGGACCUCCAGGUACAGGAAAAACUCUUUUAGCGGCUGCAGCUGCUCAACAAUGCAGUUUGAGGCUAAUAUCUAUUAAAGGACCGGAAUUACUUAGUAAAUAUAUUGGGGCUAGCGAGCAAUCAGUGCGGGAUGUUUUCGAAAAGGCACAAAGUGCUAAGCCUUGCAUAUUAUUUUUUGAUGAAUUUGAUAGCUUAGCACCAAGGCGUGGCCACGAUAAUACUGGUGUAACAGACAGAGUGGUGAAUCAACUUUUAACUCAAUUAGAUGGCGUUGAAGCAUUAACAGGAGUUUGUGUGCUGGCAGCAACUUCGAGGCCCGAUCUCUUGGAUCCUGCCCUACUGAGACCUGGCAGAUUGGAUAAGCAACUUUUGUGCUCCAUGCCAUCUCAAGGUGAACGUUUGGAAAUUUUAGAAAUCCUUUCCAAAAACUUGGAUUUUGAAUCUAAUGUAGAUUUGAAGGAAUUGGCCAUAGAGACUGAAGGAUACUCUGGUGCUGAUCUACAAGCUGUUCUUUACACAGCGCAAAUAUCAACAUUGAAGGAGUUUGAUUAUAAUCACGACGAUCAAAAAUCUUUACCGGUACUAUCCAAAAUAACUCAAAGGGACUUACUUGAGGCCUUGGAUAAAUCUCGACCAUCUUUAACCAAAAGUGAGAGAGAGAAGUAUGAUAAAGUCUAUGCUAAAUUUCAAGGGGGAAAUACUGAUGACUUUCAGGCUGGAUCCAAAGUAACCUUAGCUUAAGUUUCUUAUGUUUUUUUUUUUUAAUAAAAAAUUGUUGAUUAAUUGGGAUACAUAUAUGCUGUAUAUUAAAACAAAAUCUUAAAUAAAUAACUAAAAUAAGACAUGCAUAAAUAACCUAGUGCGUAAAUUUGUUAUGAUAACAGUUCAAAGGCACAAUUAAUACAAAACUCAAAAUAUCAAAAUAAUAAUAAUACAUAAUUUGUACCUACUCCUUCGCAUAAAUUAAAGUCUUUGAGAUGAAAUAAAACUAUGAAGUAUCAAUAUUUCAAUAUAAAAUCAAUUAGGUAUUGCAGGUCUGAAAUAUUUAACCAUAUUACAUUAGGCCUGUUCAAAUUGUACUACUUUGCUGUUGACUUCCUGUUUUAAGGUAACAUCAUUAUAAUCCUUCUGAAAAAUACAAAGACGAAAAAAUGGUUAAAUCAAGACCAAUGAAAACAUCAUUCAUGUAGUAACUUCAAACAAUAAUAAUAAUUGAUGGUGGUUUUGAUCAGAUCAGACAUUGAUUUUUUAACAUGUUUUAGUAGUGAAUAAACGUAAAAAUACUUACAUUGUUUGUUUUGGGUCUAUGACUCAUAGCAGGCAAUAUAUAUUUUUCUAAAGCCACUACUGGAGAUUCAAAAGCUAAUACCAUUAUUAUGGAUAUUCCAAAGCUGAAAGCUAUCACGCCCCAAAAGGUGAACAACUGAAAAUUACCAGGGCAUUAAGGUUGGUGCUGAAUUGAACACUAGGGUCAACCAUAAAUUUUUUAGGUUUUCUAUGAUUUCACAAUGUUUAGGAUUGUACUUAUUAAGCAGUAACUCUUUUGGAAAAUAGGCGAAGUCAGCGUUAGAUAUUACCUUGGUGUAAGCCAUUCUAUUUCAACGCUUUACGAAGACUGGCAGAAAUACAUCCAGACUGGGAGGUGGUUGGAAGCCAUGGAUAAUUGAUUCCCCAUUUUCAAUGUUCUAAGAAUGGUUAUUAGAGUCCGGACAUACAAAAAAAAAAUUCACGUAGUUCGUGGCGUAAGUAUCGGUAUGUGUGGGUACAGUCAAAUUAUUAGAAAAGGUUACCGAAUUCCGUGUAGCAAAUUAUAGUCUUGGUAAUGUUGGAAUCAUUUUGGUCUAGUUGUAUGCUUUCAUGCCUCCUCCCUUAACCUCCGAUAAACUUAUUCUAUAUCAUAACAAUGUCGUUUAUAUACAUAAUCACAAAACAUCAAAAAAUUACAUCCAGAUCACAAGAGUGGUGUUGAAAUUAUAGAAAACCUAAACAUGUAAUGGGUGGGUAGUCCAGUUUUUCUGCACCUGAGUAUACUUACAACAUAAAAUAUGCUAAAUUCUAUAGGUUCUUCCACAUUUAUGCCCAUGUAAAGCAAAAGUGUCACAUGAUUUAGAAACAUGCUGUAUGUGAAUCUGCUCAUCACUUGAAAAAUUGGUAACGAUAGAAAUCUAUUGACUAUACCUAAAAAGCAAAAAUAUUUGCGAUUACUUAUUUAGGAACUGACAAUAUUGUUUAAUUUAGACAGAUGGGUCCUCACAAUAAUACUAAUGCUAAAACUCCACCCAAUUUAUUAGGAAUAGUUCGUAAAAUAGCAUACGCAAAUAAGAAAUAUCAGCUAGAAAGCUUGAUGAGAUUUCUGCAUAUAUGUUUUCCACUAUAGAAAAGAUGCUCAAUUGCACCUAAAUUUUUCUCGCCACACACAGGGUCACUUCAACUGAUAAUUUUGGGCUAUUUAGUAUCUAAGUUAGUUUUCUAGGAAUAUUAAAAAGUCCUUGCUAUUUAGAAGGAUAGUUAUUAUCAUAUAACAACUUGACUUGGAAGAACCUUCAUGCAGCAAGAAAAAUCUAAAUCGAUUCACACUCUCUGUUCGAUUCAAUUUAUUGCUCAAAAUACGUUUGGAAAUUUCAACUUGUUUUCCAGGCUAAAAAAGCAACAUUUUAGGAUCUUUACCCUUUACCUCCAUAUCCAGAAGAACAAGCGGAAAUCACCUAACAAAUGCACAAUCCCCAUGCUGGUUUAGAGAGCGUAUUAUGAAAAGCAUGCUCAUAUGGAUAAUAAACGUCACUUGUGAGUACUUUGUGUCCUGCAAAGUCACAUAGGUACCAACAUUAUUGCCAUACAGGCAUUCCAUAGAAGGACAACUAAGAACUAAAACAAUAAUUGAAUUUUUUAAAUUUAC